CUUUGAGCCAUGAUCAUUCCCCAUGGGAUUAGUUGGUAUCGUAGUCAGUGUUGCCUAUCCUUAUAAAGAAAAAAAGAAAAGAAAAAAAGUAGUUUGGUCGGCCGUCAGCAAAACGUUUUGCAAAGCAACGAUCGGAGGGAGGUUCAGCCGCCACGUACGCGCCAGUUAGGAGGAUAUCUUGGGCGAGAGCAGUAAUGGUUGAGGUGUUAUCCAAUUUUUUUGACACAACUCGUAGAUUUACUAAGAUGGUCGUUGUACUUCGACAUGAGUGUCAAGUAAAGUGAUCUGCACAGUGAGAUCCCUUGUUUGGACAUAACUUACAGUUUUGCAAUUACCAAGAGCGAUUGUUGUGCUUGACUAGAGCUACGUCGGAAAAUCAGGCAGUGAACCCAAAGGGUUGCAAGGGAAGGGAUAUAAGUGUAACCAAGAGUGUCGACAGCCUUCUGAUGAAACUGUUGUCCACCUUGAUGCGCUCAUCACACCCUUGCUUUCGGAAGAUCGCCAAAGUGCUGGGGAAAUGCUUCCUGAAGCAGAACGCCUCUCCCGACAUAGACACCAAGUACACGCUGGUUGUCCCCCGUACAGUCGAGGUUCAGUCGCUUCACGAGGAAAGGAUAGAACUUUACAAUCGUCUUGGUUGGAGAAUGAGUGAAUACAUGAAGCACACAUGCCAGAGCGAUUACGUCAUAGUGCACGCCAUGGCAGACGAACACCAUGCCAGGCUGAUUCGGGCGAAGCUGGAGAGCAGCGUGAGCGACGUGGUCGUCCUGGGCCCGUGGAGCAUCAGCUUGGGAGAUCAGAUCCUCGAAGCGUGGGAGCGGAUGCUUCGCAACACCACGACCGUCCUAGUGUUGGUGUCAAGGGCGCUGUGCUCGGAGAGGAUCCUCACCAUGACGUCCAUGGCAGUAGUACUGGAGCUCGUGACGGUCGUGCCGAUUUUCCUCGAAGACAUCCCCAGGGGCGGGCUGCCCGAUGGAAUCAACAUGUUGCGGUACCGGCAGGGAGUGGACCUGUACCGGCUUGGGCACAACGCCACCGUGGCUGAACUCGCUCGCCAUACUUCAGUGACAUCGCGGUACGCCAGAGAGUGCGCUGCGCUCAAGGAACUGCAGAAAAUUCGACGUAAGUCUGUAAACAGCAGAUUAUGCUUGUCUGUGAUUCGAAAAAAGGACAAGCAUAUGGAAGGGACAGCAUAUAAAAUGGAUCUGGGGGGGAAUUAACUGGUUUCUAGUCAGUUCAACGAAUAAACAUGGAAUUUGCAGAGGAAAAGAGAGUACUUACAUGUUUAUACUUUGACUGUGUGAGCGUGUCUGCACACGCACACGCACACGCACACGCACACGCACACGCACACGCACACGCACACGCACACACACACACACACACACACACACACACACAC